CUUCCGAGUCACUUUCGAGGAAAUUUCCAUCGGGCAUCGUAUAAAAGAAAUUUUCCAAAGAAAGAAUUUGAGACAAAGAGAAAAUAAACAUUAUCAGGUUGUAGAAUUCAAACACAACAUUCAGUAAAUUUGAAUGUGGCUUUUCAAAGGAAUUUAUUUGAAAAACCUCAAAAAUUUGACUCAAUCUAUGAGGGAAUUUUACCAAAGAAUGCAAGGAAUUCAUAUUUGAAUCUAUCGGCAAAAUUGUCGUCGAUUUGACGGCUGGCCGCAAAGGCUGGCAAAUUUUAAUUGUAGUGUUAAUAUUUGUCAAAAUUUUAUUUAAAUAAUGGCAAGUAGGGUUUCUACAAAGCUGCCAACUUACAAAAUACACUGCUGCCCAAACAGAACGCAUUUGGUGGAGAAAUUUAGAUUAUAUCCACACCAGACAAAGGCAAAGCAACGAUACCUUCUGAACUUUGAUGUCGCGACACAAAUUGCCUCAAAAUUGGACGUUGCCAACUCAUUGGUGUAUGAAUGCAAUCCUGGGGCAGGGGUGCUGACUCGUGCGCUUUUAAACCAUGGUGCUAGAAGGAUUGUGGGUCUUGAACACAAUCGCAAGUUCUUGCCGUACUUACGGGAACUGGAACUCGAGUCGCAUGGUAGAUUCAAAGUCGAGUAUGCGGACAUCGGCAAACUUGAUGUGGCCGGCCCAGGAACCCCACCAGCGAUAAGCUCACACAAACUUUUAGAAGGCAUCAACAAAGUUUCAUGGAGUCAUGAACAUUUGGUCGCAAAGCUCAUAGGUAUAGAAAAGGAAAAAACGGCACACGCAAAUUUCAUGAAUCUUCUUCAUCACAUGCUCAGAUGUAGCGGGUUCUUCAGCCAUGGUCGGAUUGAAGUUGCAUUAUUGUUUACUGGCGAUCGUGCACAAAAACUGUUGGCACAACCCGGAGAUUCGAUGUAUAACAGACUUGCGAUACUGACUUGGAUGCUAUGUGAUGUUAGAUUACUUCACAUGGAAUCAAACUUAUCAUUCAAUCCAUUGCCCUCUAUGGGUUAUUCAGAUCCUCCACCGCAGAUGCAUUUAAUAAGUCUGAUUCCAAAACAAGAUUUCAAGCUACGAGUGCCUCCGCAUUGUAUUUUGUUGGUACCAAAGUUCUUAAAAUUGUUGACAGUGAAAAAAAGUCAACCGUUAGCUUGUGCCAUAGAAAGUAUUUCUCCCGGGUCAAGCAUUCUUCUCAGAGAGCUUGGCUUACCAAGGAAUGUAAAACCGAUGGAUUUAACUCCGUACCAAUACAAAUUAUUGUUUGAGUUGUUUUUCAACUGGGAAGAUAGCAUGCUGGAUUUUUUAAUAGAAUAAGAUAUAAAGUAUUGCUGAUUAUUAAAAAAUUAAUCUAUUUAUGUAUAAUGAAAUUACACUAUCGACUU